ACCUGCUGGAGACACCAGCUUUGCUAAAGUGGCUGCCAGGAUUCUAACAGGAAGGAAACAGUUUCUACAGUCUUAUUAAAGCAUAAACAUGAAGAACUUUCAUCACUGCUCAGAGUGUGGGAAGAGCUUUACUGCGCCGAGUCAUCUCCAACGACACCAGCGCAUUCACACAGGAGAGAAGCCAUAUCACUGCUCAGAGUGUGGGAAGAGUUUUACUACACAGAGUCAUCUCCAACAACACCGGCGUAUUCACACAGGAGAGAAGCCAUAUCACUGCUCAGAGUGUGGGAAGAGUUUUACAAUGCAGAGUCAUCUCAAACAACACCAGCGCAUUCAUACAGGAGAGAAGCCAUAUCACUGCUCAGAGUGUGGAAACAGUUUUUCUCAUCAGAGUACGCUCCGAAGACACCAGCACAUUCACACAGGAGAGAAGCCAUAUCAGUGUUCAGAGUGUGAAAAGAGUUUUACUCAAAGUAGUGACCUUAAAGUACACCAGCGUGUUCACACAGGAGAGAAGCCGUAUCACUGCUCAGAGUGUGGAAAAGGUUUUACUCGACAGAGUAAACUCCAACAACACCAGCGUAUUCACACAGGAGAGAAACCGUAUCACUGCUUGGAGUGUGGGAAGAGUUUUGCUAACAGUAAUGCUCUUAAAGUACACCAGCGUAUUCACACAGGAGAGAAACCAUAUUACUGCUCAGAGUGUGGGAAGAGUUUUACUGAAAGUAAAUCCCUUAAAAUACACCGACGUAUUCACACUGGAGAGAAGCCGUAUCACUGCUCAGAGUGUGGGAAGAGUUUUGCUCAACAGAGUAAACUCCAACAACACCAGCGUAUUCACACAGGAGAGAAACCGUAUAACUGCACUGAGUGUGGAAAAAGUUUUGCUUACAGUAAUGCUCUUAAAGUACACCAGCGUAUUCACACAGGAGAGAAACCAUAUUACUGCUCAGAGUGUGGAAAGAGUUUUAUUCAAAGUAGUGACCUUAAAGUACACCAGCGUGUUCACACUGGAGAAAAGCCCACAAACAUGAAGAACUUUCAUCACUGCUCAGAGUGUGGGAAGAGUUUUACUACACAGAGUAAUCUCCAACAACACCAGCGUAUUCACACAGGAGAGAAGCCAUAUCACUGCUCAGAGUGUGGAAACAGUUUUUCUCAUCAGAGUACGCUCCAAAGACACCAGCACAUUCACACAGGAGAGAAGCCGUAUCACUGCUCAGAGUGUGGAAAAGGUUUUACUCGACAGAGUAAACUCCAACAACACCAGCGUAUUCACACAGGAGAGAAACCAUAUUACUGCUCAGUGUGGGAAGAGUUUUACUGAAAGUAAAUCCCUUAAAAUACACCAACGUAUUCACACUGGAGAGAAGCCGUAUCACUGCUCAGAGUGUGGGAAGAGUUUUGCUCA